CUCCAGGAGCAGGAGGAGAACGCAUCAUCUGUUCUUCUCCCUCCUCAACAUCCAUCCAUCCAUCCAUCCAUCUUUUAAAUCAAUCAAAUCUAACAACACCCAUUGCCGGCCGGCCGUGCAGUGAUCGUCCAUCAUGGCGGCCGCCCGUGGCCGAGGCGUCCUGCUCGCCGUCCUCUUGGCGGUGGCGUUGGCGUUGGUGUCGGUCGGCGCCGACAUAUACAAGCCGACGGACUCCAUUCUGGUCGACUGCGGGUCGGACAAGGAAGGGCAGGACGAGGACGGCCGCAAGUGGACCAGCGACAAGGACAGCAAGUUUCUCCCCGACGGUGGCAAGUCGUCCAUCACGGCCACCGCCGACAUCAAUGACCCGUCGCUCCCCUCCUCCGUGCCCUACAUGACGGCGCGCGUCUUCCCCAAGGAGACCGCCUACACGUUCCCCGUCUCCGACGCCGACCGGCACUGGGUGCGCCUCCACUUCUACCCGGCGUCGUACCACGACAUCCCCGCCGACCACUUCUUCUUCUCCGUCACCACCUCCACCGGCGUGACGCUGCUCCGCAACUUCAGCGUCUACGUCACCGCCAAGGCCCUCACACAGGGGUACAUCGUCCGGGAGUUCUCCCUCCCUCCCUCCACCACCGGCUCGCUGUCGCUCAAGUUCACGCCCACCGCCAUGAACAACGCCUCCUACGCCUUCGUCAACGGCAUAGAGAUCCUGUCCAUGCCCAACAUCUUCGCCGACCCGGCCCAGCUGGUGGGCCUGGGCGACCAGACCCUGGACGCCAGCGCCGGCAACAUGCAGACCAUGUACCGGCUCACCGCCGGCGGCUCCUACAUCCCGGCCACCAAGGACUCGGGGCUGUCCCGCGAGUGGUUCCCCGACACACCCUACAUCUACGGCGCCGCCACGGGGGUCACCUACGAGGCCAACGACACGGUCCCCAUCAAGUACCCCAGCCCCGCCGCCGAGUACCUGGCGCCGCAGAGCGUCUACGACACCAGCCGCCACAUGGGCCGCGACGGCAACGUCAACAGGGUCAACAACCUCACCUGGGCCUUCGAGGUGGACGGCAACUUCACCUACCUCGUUCGCCUCCACUUCUGCUCGCUCAUGGAGGACAAGAUCAACCAGGUCGUCUUCAGCAUCUUGGUCAACAACAAGACGGCCACCACCACCGGCAGCGCCGACAUCAUCGCCUGGGCCAAGGAGAAGAACCCUGACAGCCCCGGGAAAGGGGUGCCGGUCAUCAGGGACUACGCCGUGUUCACGGCCGCCGCUCCGGCCGGCGCCGACAGCGUCCUGUGGGUGACGCUGCGCCCCGACCUCACCACCACCCCGCAGUUCGUCAACGCUUUCCUCAACGGCCUGGAGGUGUUCAAGACGAGCGACGCCUCCAGCAACCUGGCCGGCCCGAACCCGGACAUCUCCAAGAUGCUGGCGGAGGCGGAGGCGGAGGCCGAUGACGUGGAAGGGGAGUUCAGGGAGAGGGCGAGCAACGUGGGCGCGCUGAUCGGCGGGGCAGCGGGCGGCGCUGCGGCGUUCGGGCUGGUGGCGGGCUUGUGCUUCGUGGCGUACCAGAGCAAGAAGAGGAAGGAGCUGAGCAACAGCCGGUCGCACUCGUCGUCCGGGUGGCUGCCGGUGUACGGCGGCGGAGGGAACUCGCAGACGAGCGUGAGCAAGUCGUCGGGCGGCAGGAGCGCGGUGACGCUGAACCCCAACAUCACAGCCAUGUGCCGGCACUUCUCGCUCCAGGAGAUAAAGUCGGCGACCAAGGGGUUCGACGAGUCGCUGGUGAUCGGCGUGGGCGGGUUCGGGAAGGUGUACCGCGGGGUGGUGGACGGGGACACCAAGGUGGCCAUCAAGCGUAGCAACCCGUCGUCGGAGCAAGGGGUGCUGGAGUUCCAGACGGAGAUCGAGAUGCUGUCCAAGCUGCGGCACAAGCACCUGGUGUCCCUCAUCGGCUGCUGCGAGGACAACGGCGAGAUGAUCCUCGUCUACGACUACAUGGGGCACGGCACGCUGCGGGAGCACCUCUACAAGAGCGGCAAGCCGCCGCUGUUGUGGAGGCAGAGGCUGGAGAUCCUCAUCGGCGCCGCACGGGGGCUACACUACCUGCACACCGGCGCCAAGUACACCAUCAUCCACCGCGACGUCAAGACCACCAACAUCCUCGUCGACGACAAAUGGGUGGCCAAGGUCUCCGACUUCGGCCUCUCCAAGACGGGGCCGACGGUGCAGAACCAGACGCACGUCAGCACCAUGGUGAAGGGCAGCUUCGGGUACCUGGACCCGGAGUACUUCCGCCGGCAGAAGCUGACGGAGAAGUCGGACGUCUACUCCUUCGGGGUGGUGCUGUUCGAGGUGCUGUGCGCGCGGCCGGCGCUCAACCCGAGCCUGCCGCGGGAGCAGGUCAGCCUGGCGGACCACGCGCUCAGCUGCCAGCGCAGGGGCACGCUGGAGGAGAUCAUCGACCCGGUGCUGGAAGGGAAGGUGGCGCCCGACUGCCUCAAGAAGUUCGCCGAGACGGCAGAGAAGUGCCUGUCGGACCAGGGCGUCGACCGCCCCUCCAUGGGCGACGUGCUCUGGAACCUCGAGUUCGCGCUGCAGAUGCAGGACACAUUCGACAACGGAGGCAAGCCGCCCGAGGUCGACGACUACAGCAGCAGCUUCACAAUCACACCGCCGUCCAUGGAGGAGAGCCUCGCCGCCAACGCCGCCGCGCUGUCGCUCAUCAGCGAGGACAUGGACGAGGAGGACAUCGCCAACAGCGUCGUCUUCUCACAGCUCACGCACCCAACCGGACGAUGAUCCCUUAGCUAGCCUGCCGCCUCGAUCCAGCUUCACUUCACUACACUUGACUUGAUGAUGAUGAUGAUGAUGGACGGACGUCUCGAUCGUGUAAUUAAGGUGUAACAGAUCAGAUCGAAUGUGUUGUACGUACCACGAGCAGACACAAGACAUGCGUGCAUGCAGAAGUAAAAAGGCCCGUACGUCCAUCGAUCGAUCGGCCGGGGUGGGUGCAUCGGAGACUGUGUUGUACGUACCAGCUGUGCUAUCUAUACUGUAUGUAUGUUCCAAAA